AUGGAUCCUUCCAAGAUAUAUAAUCCAAAAACAUUAUCCCAGCUCACCAAACUGUCGCCGAAAGUGGAUUGGGAUUUAUUGGUCACGCGAUUGCUUCCAUCGACUGCCCCACAUCAAGACGUGAUCAUUGUCUCAUCGCCAAGCUACCUCGAAAAACUAUCGGCGGAAGUGUUGGCACAAUCCACGCAGCGAACGAUCCAAGCAUAUCUGCUGUGGCGGGUUAUCAAUGAGUAUGCGCCAGCCUUGAGCGAGGAAAUCCGAAAACCGCUGCAACGAUUGACAGCCAAGUUACGAGGCACCAAUGCUAAGGUGACAAAACCUCGCUGGGAGACUUGUUUGGACCAGGUCGAUCUCUCGCUUGGAUUUAUAGCUGGCCGGUACUUUGUCAUGGAGAAGUUCAGACCCGAGACAAAAGCGCGCGCGGACGAGUUUGUCAAGGCAAUUAAGGAAAGCUUUUUGAACAGGUUGCCGGAGCUUGAAUGGCUUGAUGAAGCUACAAGGAAACAUGCAAUCGAAAAAGUGGAUGCACUGGUACGCAAAGUCGGUUAUCCAACCAAAUCGCCUAACGUUAUGUCGCCGGUUGCACUAUCCGACUACUAUUCUGAGCUGGUGAUUGAUGGUGAUGACUUUUUUGGCAACUACUUGCGCGGUCGCCAGUGGCUGGUGAUGAAGGAUUGGCGUCAAGCUGGAAAACCUACAGAUAAAUCUACUUGGGAAAUGACUCCGGCUACAGUGAACGCUUACUACAACCCACCCUACAACGAAAUCGUGUUCCCUGCUGGUAUCCUUCAGUCCCCCUUCUUUAGCGGGGAAUACCCUGAUUAUCUCAACUAUGGUGGUAUCGGUGCCGUCGUUGGUCAUGAACUGAGUCACUCCUUCGAUAACAACGGUCGACACUUUGAUGCCAAGGGGCGGCUUAGCGAAUGGUGGACCAAGGAAACACUAGAAGCAUUCGAGAAAAAGACGUCGUGCUUUGUUGAUCAGUACGGAAACUUCACCAUGGAAGACGAGAGCGGAGACCCGAUCCAUGUGAACGGCCAACUGACGCUAGGCGAAAAUGUAGCAGACAAUGGUGGUAUCCGGCAAUCAUACGUUGCAUGGAAGCGGCAUUACGAUAAGAACAAGGAUGGCAAAGAAAAUAUGCUACUGCCUGGAUUGGAGAAUAUCACGCCCGAGCAACUAUUUUUUAUUAACUACGGACGUAUUUGGUGUGGCAAAUCGACAAAGGCACAGGCUAAGCAAAGCAUCUUGGUCGACGAGCAUUCACCUCCAAAGUGGCGUGUGAUCGGUGCAUUGCAAAACUCAAAAUACUUUGCUGAAGUAUUUAAAUGCCCUGCGGGCAGCCCAAUGAAUCCAGUGGAUAAAUGUGAUCUGUGGUAA